AUGCCCAACAUUACAAUUUCCGACGACAAAAACGCUAAAGGGAAACAAUACUGUCUUCCUUAUGACAAUGAAACCAGUCAAAAUGGGUGCAAAGUAGGAAUCUUGGUUGAAUUAGACGAAAAUGUAUCUUCACCCAAACAAGAAAUAAAACCUGACAGAAUUUGUGGAGGCGCGGGAAUGGAAUCUAAAAAUUUUUAUGGAGAUGCGAGCGGAAGUAAUGAACACGAGGAGUCGAAUUGCACGCCAACACCUAAUAGAGUCUCGGAAUUCUUUAUCAAAUCGUCGACUCCUUUUUCGGCUCAAAAGUACUCACGAUUGGUGAACAAACUCUGGAGUUUGAACAUUGAUGUGGUUUUAACAGACAAUAUUGCAUCAACGGAACAUCUUCAGAAUAUAGAAGAAGAAUUAAAAAAUUUACAUGAGUUACAGUCGAACGAAUCGAACUCAAUUUGGGGACAAGAGAGUCCGGAAAGUUCGGACACUGAGAGUCACAGCACUUUUGGUCCUCCCGAAAUAAAGUUUAAUGUGAAUCGUUGUAUUAAUCAAGAGUUGGAUAUGUACUGGACGAAUCCUGACGGCUCGUCGAGCCCUUUGUCAAUUCCAGAUACACUUCCAAACCAGUACAAGUUUGGAGAAAAUAUUAUCAUUGAUGUGAUAGGAGAGGAUGGAUUAGGCUAUCCAGAAGAUAGGAAAACUGCAAACUACUUGCUGGAUCUAAUAAAACUACCAAAAAAAAGAUGGCUCUUAGGUUUCGCCAACAAAGCAGUAAAUGUCUUUGAUAAUUAUGAUAGCUUCAAAUGGAAAACUAUCGAGAUCAUCUUUAGACUCUUGUCAUCUCACACAGUAUUACGUAGUUCAAGUCUACGCAAGUCAGAAGACAUUACGCGAAUUAUGAAAGCAUUUGACGGUUGCCACUGGUCCGGCAAGACUAUAGGAUAUCUACGCUCGUAUGUGGAUUCGUUGGAUAAAUUAUUGGAUGUGCUUUACACUUUUGACGCGAUGUGCCGAUAUAAAAACUGUUAUGGUGCGAGACUUCCUGUUUUGGAGAUUACACGUUGCUUUGACGCUAUAACUAAAAACAUAGACAAUACUGAGAGAAUAUACGAACGCAGUAAAGCACAAGGUUUAUUACAGAUAGUUAGAUUGUAUCAACAGAGUUCGGGAUCAAUGGAACCAUAUUUUGCAUCGUUAUCCAAACCUCAGCUUAUAGUUCCGGAAUGGAUCAGGAAAAUACGUGAAAGUAAAACGUAUUUACCGAUUGUUCCAAUUUUUGGUGAACUUUUUGACGUGUUAUCAUUUUGCAAGAAGGCAACGUCAAUUGUUGAAGCACCAGAUCUCGAAGAUAUUACGUGGACAUUGGAAAUGGACGAUAUCUAUAAAUGUGUGCAUUAUUCCAAACUACGACAACAAUUUAUUGAACCGCUGAAGCAUCUGAUUCUCACUUGGCUCAAGUCUUUUACUAUAGAUGAGGAUAAUAGAUUCAAAAUGGGAAACAUUAAUCAAGUGUUCUAUCAAGAUGUUAGGUAUUACAACGCAAAUAUGCAUAAUAGUGGACAGUUAGUUAUAUACUUCAAAUUCCAACCGAACCAGCCAAUUGAUUGGACUCUCGGGAAAAACCUUUUGCCAGGAUCCUUUGUUAUUUUGGCAAAGAUUAGCGAUGGUAGAUUUCCCAAAGAGACUAAUUUUCCGGUCAAAGAAGAUUCAAUAAUCUUUGGAGUCGUGAAGGAAUUCAAUCUGAAAGAUCUGAUGGCAACUGAUUCAAAAGAUUCGAUCGUCGGACUGCAUUUUCAUCAAGAUCAAUUAUCGAAAUUAGAUAUUAAUACGAGUUAUGCCAUGUUUGCAUCAAAUGUUUAUUAUCCAAUGAUUCGAGCGAGUCUUGAAUGGUUGCGAGAUGACAAGACAUUAACAAAUUCGUUUAGAUUGGGUCGAGAAAUCCUUACCUGUCCAUCAACAAGCUCAUCGCCAAAUUAUUUAAUUGAUGCUAAAGUAGAUUUGAGACGGAUCUUGAAGCAAGAGAUCAAAACUUCAAAGGUUUUUGCAACAGGCACAUGGCCAGCAUGUUCUGAUUCUCGAAGUUCACCGUAUAGAAUUGAUUCAUCCGAGGUGGGAGCUUUAAAGCAGCUCUUUAUGAACAAAAUCUCUGUUACUAUUACUCCUAUCGGCACGUGCCAAAUAGAAUUUUUGGUGAAUUCUAUCAACCUAAUUAUUCAAAUCCGAAAAACUCGAGGUUUUUUCGAACCAAUAAUACUUAUUACCAGAACUUCUCGCAUCUUAGACAGCAUCCUUGAAAAAGUUAAGCCUUUUAUUACGGGACUUACUCGUUGUGGGCAAAGCAAUUGUCCUGACAGUUUAAGAAGUCGAGAGAUUAAUACUCUGUUGCAGCAAGUUUAUGUAAGAGAUUCCGAGUACAUUAAAAUUCUUGUUAAAACAAAAGCCGACUUGAAAAGAUUAAAAAAGAGAUUAGAAGCCUUGCAAGAUAAAAGAAAUUUCGCGUUAAGUGAUGCUGCUUUCCUUAAUAAUGCUCCUCUCGUGGCCCGGCAGCAGCUUGGAACGCAAGAUCUUUUGGCAGCUUGGUUACGUGGAUCCAAUAAACAAGAAACUCUGCAAGGUUUUCAAGACGAUACAAUUGGUGAUCCGUCACUUGCAAUGGUGGAAUUUGCCACUCUUCAGGAACGACAGUUCGAUGAAAUGAACAUUAUAUCUAAUCCAGAGUAUAAUGGUGAACGUCACCAAAGGACUAAGCGGAUUUCAAAUUAUUAUACGAGUAAAAUUAAUCAAAUGUGGAAUGAAUUUUUAAUUUCUGAUAGAGAGAGUAAUAUUUGGAAUUGGGCUAAGCAGAAACGACAAAAACUACGCCGUGCUUAUGCAAACGUCAUGUCCGAUUACAUGGGUAAUGAGAUUGAAAAAACUUUUGACGAGAUCGCUAAUUUAGAAAGUGCCCUUGAAGAUAUUUAUGCUUUUCGAUGGCGUGCAAUUGCAGGUUACUCCCCUUUGGUAGGGAUGACGAUCGCUUAUGCCUCUAAGCAUCGCAAUCUUGUUAAUGAACUCAAAUCUCGAGUUAUUUUAGUUGCCGAAGCAUCUGAAAUACCAGAAGCCUCACUUGUCCCUUAUUUAUCCUCGAAUAAUCUGGAGCACCUUAUACUAAUCGAUGAUUAUGUUGCCGAUAAAUCCAAGCCCAUUCAACAGAGAACAACCACUGAUCAAAACAACAUUUCACUUUUCGAAAGAUGGAUAAAAAGUGGCGCGUCGCAUCAAAUUCUGUCACGACAAUUUAAGAUCCGUCCAGAAAUAUAUGACGUGAUUCGUGAUUUGUAUAAGUUUUCGAGUUCCGCGCCAAAUGGAUCCACCACCAUGACAACUAUCAUGGAUAGUCCAGAACUAGAAAAUAUCCCGAAUAUACUGGGAGUAUCAUCAAAUAUCCGAUUCAUCACCCACUAUGAAUUUGAUAGUUCUGAAAAAGAACAAUUCAGCAUGGUUAAUCAUUUUGAGGCUGAAUAUGUGGCACGUUUUGCAUUAUAUUUGUCACAACAAAAUAAUCGAAUAACCGAAAACAUUACGAUAUUAACCCCGUAUUCGGCACAAAAGCAGUUGAUCUGGAGCAAAUUGGAUCCUAGUCUAAAGCAAGCUAUUAAACUAGAUGAAGAGAUUUUCGAGAAGAUUCUCGUCGAAACAAUUGAUAAUUUCGAAGGCAAACAAUCGCAUAUUAUUUUACUUUCACUUACUUCACCGUCUCCUCAACAUGUCGAAGAAUGGCUGAAUUACGUUGGUGCGAGUAAACGCAUUAAACACGCCAUGUCGAGUGCUUUAUAUGGACUGUACAUUUUAGGCAAUGGAUUUGCGUUGAUGGAGAGUCCUGCUUGGAAUCAAAUAAUAAAAAGCUUACAAGACAAAGGCAAUUAUGGUGACUCUCUUUUCACUACUUGUAAACGCCAUCCAAAAUAUAAUCCAGAAAUUAGAUUAGCAUCCGAUUUUGAUAAAUAUGUGCCAGAUGGUGGUUGCUUAGAACAAUGUCAAUAUCUACUUCCAUGCGGACAUAAUAACUGCCCGUUAAAUUGCCAUCCGAUCGAUCAUGCUCAUUUAUGCCGGCAGAAGCUUAUAUGUAGAAGCGAUUGUUUAAGAGAUCGUCCACCAAAAUGCACACAUAGAUGUCCACGUCUAUGCUAUCAAUGCAAGCAGAAAGGUCAAUGUCCACCGUGCAAGGCACUAGUAGCCCUAACCUUACCAUGUGGCCACAUUACAAAAGUUCCAUGCGCAGAAGUACCCGACGACAUUACACAAUUGAACGGCGGUCCGAAACAAGCGCUCGAUGAUUCGUGCCACGAAGCGAUAAAAUAUACGGCGCCGUGUAAACACGAAGUGCAAACGAUUUGCGGAUCCCGUGAAAAGACGAUUUGUAUGUUUACUUGCGAGGUGAUACUUUCUUGUGGUCACAGGUGUAAAAAGUACUGCGCGGAGAGCCAUAGGCAUCAUCCGGGUGGAUGUGACUCCUGUGUGUUUGCCAGAAGGAAAAGACUACGAAAUCAUUUUUGA